AAUCAUAAGCGAGGAUCAGGCUCCGACAACAAACAAAAGAUCUGGGCUGCGCGAGCUCAUAAUUUGAGACUUUUCUGCUCGCUUCGCUCGACGGAGGCUUCCAAGACUUUGAGCGUCUUUUUGCUUUUAGCCGCUUGUUACCCUUCCCCCAGCGUGACAGACCAGGCCGGGCCGAGCAAGGUCGUGUUCCGUCCGCAGCGACCGUCUUGUCCCUCUUCGGAUCGGCCCAUGUCCACCUGAGCACUUUGCAACGGUCGCGUUGCCUUUUCGGUGGUGGCGGCCGAGCUAAAUGCGUUAGCCGCAGCCGCGGCCACUUUAGCCCGUUAGCCAGCUUUAGCUUCGCCGCGUCGUCUCCCGUCUCGACUUGACACUGACGGACGCCAGCGGCUUCGGCUUGUCAUUGACAAGCCACUCGAGCGCCAGCAGCAUGUCGGGCCAGUCGUCCGGCUGCGGCUUCCUCAUGUCGGUGGUCGUCCACGGAGACUCGACGCUCAACGAGCAGGAGAAGGAGCUCAGCCAGCGCCUGCGCCGCCUCUACCCCGCCGUCAACGAGAGCGAGACGCCGCUGCCUCGCUCCUGGAGCCCCAAGGACAAGUUCAGCUACAUCGGGCUGUCGCAGAACAACCUCCGCGUGCACUAUAAAGGUCACGGCAAGACCCCGAAGGACGCGGCAUCGGUGCGCGCCACGCACCCCAUCCCGGCGGCAUGUGGCGUUUACUACUUUGAGGUCAAGAUCAUCAGCAAAGGCCGAGACGGGUACAUGGGCAUCGGCCUCUCUGCUCAGGGUGUCAACAUGAACCGGCUGCCUGGUUGGGAUAAUCACUCUUACGGUUACCACGGCGACGAUGGCCACUCCUUCUGCUCGUCCGGCACCGGGCAGCCGUACGGGCCCACCUUUACGACGGGCGAUGUGAUUGGCUGCUGCGUCAACCUCAUCAACAACACCUGCUUCUACACAAAGAACGGCCAUAGCCUCGGGAUCGCCUUUACAGACCUUCCACCCAACUUGUACCCGACAGUGGGUCUGCAGACUCCGGGGGAGGUGGUGGACGCCAACUUUGGCCAACACCCGUUUGUGUUCGACAUCGAAGACUACAUGCGUGAGUGGAGGACCAAGAUCCAGGCGCAGAUCGACCGCUUCCCCAUCGGCGAGCGCGAGGGCGAGUGGCAGUCCAUGAUCCAAAAGAUGGUGGCGUCCUACCUGGUGCAUCACAGCUACUGCGCCACCGCCGAAGCCUUCGCAAAGACAACCGACCAGGCCGUGCAUGAGGAGCUGGCCUCCAUCAAGAACCGGCAGAAGAUCCAGAAGCUGGUGCUGUCAGGCAGGAUGGGUGAGGCCAUUGAGACCACCCAGCAGCUCUACCCAAACCUCCUCGAGAGGAACCCGGACCUCCUCUUUAUGCUCAAGGUGAGACAAUUCAUUGAGAUGGUGAAUGGGACGGACAGCGAGGUACGGUGUCUGGGGGGUCGCAGCCCCAAAUCUCAGGACAGUUACCCCGGCUCCCCCCGGCCCUUUGGCAGCCCCGCCCACAAAGCUGGCAGCUCGCAGUCCUACCUGACGGGUGUGGACAGCAAUUGCUGUAACGGCGUGAUAUCCAUUAAGAGCCACGGCUCCGCCCCUCACAGUCAUAAGCCCUGCCCUGCGGGCUCAGGGUCCGCCCCUCCAGCAAUAGACAUCAGCUUAAACGGGAACCGCAGCCAGAUGAACACAACCAGCGACGUGGACAUGGAGGUGGAGCAUUUCACCAACGGUGUGACUGAGUCAUCCUCGAACGGCUUCCUGAAUGGUUCCUCCAAACACGUCAACGAGCCAGACGACUGCGACGCCGACAUGGAGGUGGAAUCCGUUCAGGCCAAGCGCCAGUUGUGUGGCGGCAGCCAGGCGGCCAUCGAGAGGAUGAUCCACUUUGGACGAGAGCUGCAGAGCAUGAGCGAGCAUCUGCGAAGAGAAUGUGGAAAGAACUCUGCCAACAAGAAGAUGCUCAAGGAUGCCUUCAGCCUCUUGGCCUACUCGGACCCCUGGAGCAGCCCGGUGGGCUACCAGCUGGACUCCAUCCAGAGAGAGCCCGUGUGCUCCACCCUCAACAGUGCAAUACUAGAGACGCACAACCUGCCCAAGCAGCCCCCCCUGGCCCAGGCGGUCGGCCAGGCCGCUCAGUGCCUCGCCAUCAUGGCGCGAACGGGCAGCGGCUCGUGCGCUUUCGCAUCAGUGGACGAUUACCUGCACUAGCUGCGCGGCGCACACACACACACACACACAGACACACAGUAGUGUGCAAAAGUAUUAGUCCACCAUCAGAUUAGUGUUUUUAGCCAUGAUGACACAAAUGGAUGGACACAUUUCCAAACACGCUUUUAUACCUUUCUGUGACUCUUCCAGUCCUUCUGUUACAAACUGCUGAUGGUACUAAAGUGUUACAGAUUAUCAUCAGGAGGUUGCAACAGAGACCUGAAGAGUCAGAGAAAGGCAAAGAAGUGAAAAAAAUAUAUAUAUUCCUCUAUAUAAAUCUGACACCAAUUUCUUCCGUCUCAUGUACCAAAAUGCGUAGUGUUCCCUGGCAUAUUUGUGAUUUAUUGCUUACGAAUAAAUUUUAUUUUUAUUUUUUUUAAAUUUAUUUUUCUGUUUCCUACAGAUGCCACAGAUUGUGGCUCAGCAUUAUUGCUUUGAAUGAAACUCCUCAACUCAACAGUUCCUUGACACGAAGAUGAUGUCAAAGCAUUAUUUUUGUCUAAAUAUCUCCUCAAAUCACUCCAAACAUCGUUCCUUCAUACCAAAAUGGCGCCUUUUGUCUAAAUGAAACUCCUCAACGCACUUCAACAUAGUUAUAUAUAUAUAACAUAGUUGAACUUCAACAUAACUCCAACUCACGUUGACAUACCGGUAGUUCCUUGACACCACAGUGGUGCCAAAGAACUGUUUCUCUAAAUUUAAACUUCUCAACUCACUUGAACAUAGUUCCUUGACACUGCAAUGACACCAAAGAACUGUCUAAAUUAAAAUCCUCAAUUCACGUUGACAUUUUUAUUAUUAUAGAACCGAAUGUGCAAUUUUCUGCGAAUAACGGGUGUGUUCCCAAAGCAAUUCUGCGAUUGUCAACUCCCAAACGAUUUAAUAGGACGAGUAUGCGGGGUUGAAGACAAGUGAAGUGCUUUGUGUCGUGCUUUUCCGCCCUCUUGUGGCAUCUGUAGGCAAUUGCAAAGCUUUCACCAGGGGGCUUCAAUUACUUCCCAAAUCUCUCUAUUUACAGCAGUAAAGUUUAUAAUAAAAACAAAGCCUGUGGUGGCCCAAAACCUUUGCAUACUACUGUAUGAACACACACACCGCCUCCCUUUACGUGGUAAGUAGAAACCAGACCCUCCACCCCAAACCCCCCCUUCAGCGGUUGUCCACAUGACUGACAGACAGCGUGAUGACGGUGGAGUGUAGCCAUCUUGAAUCGGACCCCCACCGCCAAUGUGAGCCCACCUCCCUGUUUCCAUUUUGUUUUUUUGUAUACAUUCAUUUAGUGCUGGCAUCAAGGUGGGGUUGGGGGGCGGGCUGUGUGGGUGAGGGCAGGAGUCCUGGCGCUUGGUGCAGGUUUACAGAUGACACUCGUAUUAAUUAUGAUUAUUAUUGUUACUUGCAUUGAGUUUACGGCCACUUGUGAUGCUAAUAAAGAACGCCAGCCGGUGUACACGUGAGAAGUUCUUAUCAACAUGAGCGCAUUUCUGAUGUUUGAAUCUCUGGUUUUUCCUCCCAACAUUCCAAAGUCUAUUCAAAAUUGCCUAAAAAGAGACUGGGAUUGGGGCUUUUUCUUUAUAUCCACCCUGACAUUGACUGGUGGCCAGUCCAGGGUGAACCCGCCUCCCACCCUAGAUCAGCGGAGAUAGGCUUCAGCUCACGCGUGAGCCUAAUGAGAACCAAUGGAUAAAGACCUGCAGUUGCGCUUAUCCAAGUCCUUAGACCACAAGUGUUUGUUGCUUGUUGGAGCAUGCCAUCAUCGUACGGUGUCGGUAAGAUCAACUUCGAUGUCUUUGCUUUCUCCUCCUCCAGUAGCCAGUGGAUGCCCGCUUGCACUGCGCAUGUGACAGGAAGUCCACGCCGGCACGAAAAUUAUGUGCAACUUGUGUGAGUGUGAACAGAUUUUUAUUAAAAAGGAGA